AUGGUGCAGGCGGAAGUAUUACCCCCUGAGGGUAGGUUUACGAGUUUACGGGUUUACGGUCUCAGCAUGGAUCCACAAAACGCUCAAUACAACACAGAAUUAUUCAGCGUAGAAAUGGUCGUGCCGCCACUCCGAAAGGCUGGAGUAUACUAUCUGUGGCCUGGUCUGCAAGACAUUGACUACUCAGGAGUCUUCCAGGAAGUUUUGGACGGGAAAUCGGGAACAUGGUGGAUCGGUUCCGGCUGGUGCUGCAGCAAUCCAAGUCUUCCAUGGGGCUCGGGCUUCGAUGUAAGAACAGCGGAGAGACUCACCAUCUCCAAAACUCGUGAUACAGAUAGUGAGAACUGGUCUUCCAGUAUAUCCUCUGGCUCAAAAUCGGCCAAGAAUUCUUUUCCUUUGGCAUACAAGAAUUUCAACCAGGCAGUGCUAGCCAUUGAACUCCACGGCGUGGACUGGGAUUUUGGACCUCUGGUCUGGAUUAACGUUGUCAUGGUCAUGAACACCACGGAAACUGCCUGGUGCACCAAUCCGCCGGAAAACUAUGACUCGACGACUAGAUACACUAUGGUUGAUCCAAAGGCCACAACAUCUGGAGGCCUAACAACCUGUACGAUCGACCGGGUGGAGAUGCAAGGGCCGGCUUAA